AUGCCUGGUAGCAUGCCGGCCAGCUGUGCCUCGCAAAAGUGGCGCUCGACAGAGGACCGCCGACAAUCACGUUGCACUUGUCAAGUGGCCACCAGACCGUGACACAAACCCUUAGGAAGCCGCUAGUGUCUGGUUGGUAGAUACAAAGCGAAGUCCUAAGACAUAGAGAGGAUUCCCUUCAUUCGAUCAAGUCGACGGCCUACACAUCAUGUCGCUUGAGUGCUCUCGAUCUCGUAUUAGCCAGAAUGAAGAGAAGCCCGAUAGAGGAUCGUCAUUUCUAAUUGAGAAUCUCUUGAGAUCGUCCCACGAGUGCAAGAGCAUCGAGCACGAAACGAAGACGAGCGUAGACAGUAACGAUCUAGACUCAUCGGACAAAAUCGGAGAGACGGAGACGCGCUCUAGAAAGCAUCGCACCACUUUCACAGACGUCCAACUCCACACCCUCGAACAAGCGUUCGAAAUCACGAAAUACCUGUCGCUAGCCGAGCGCCAACGAAUGGCUCACAUGUUGGACAUGACCGACGUCCAAGUGAAAACUUGGUUCCAGAACCGGCGAAUGAAGUACAAGCGCCAGCAUUCCGAAAGGCACUUGAGACAGGCGACACCGACCGCGUGGAGAAACGACAACUUCUAUCGCAGGCUCAACAGCUCUCCGUUCGCAGCAGAGCACGCGUACCGCAUAUACGCUCAUCAACCCACAAUUUCUUCGCCCCACCAUCCCUACAAGGUCAAUCUUGGCGCCCGAAGGUCAAUCUACGAACAACCGUGGUGGAGAACGUCGACACAGCAGCCGCAUUCGAGCGCAAUCCCCGCAGAUUCUCGCACAACUUUGCAUUAUUACUAACUAUAGCUAACACGCACUAAACGGUCACUAGAGAGACUCGGUCA